UUCCCAUUUCCACCUGACGAAGCCUAAGCAAACCCACCUCGUCGGCCUCCGCCUCCGCCUGCGUCGCCUCCCUGCCACCCCCCCCCCCCCCCCAAAGAGCCGGCGCCGCCUAAGCACCCGGCAUCCGGCGUCUCCCUUGCGUUAUCCACUGACCGCGCCGCUCCGCCGUCGCCGCCUCCCGUGCUCCGCGGCGGCGUUACAGACGCCGCCGACGACCGCCGCUGCCGUGGGCGGCGAAGGGAGGUGGAAUCCCCCAGCAAUUGUUUUUAUAUCGAGAGAGACCAUGGAGCAAGAACUGAGAGGAGAAACAUCCAGUGGCAUUUAUACUUACAAGCAUCAUUGCGAAACGGGAGUUGAUAUCCACGAAAUCUUUGCUAAGAAGAGCAGAUCACGGGUUCUCUUGUCAUACAUCGGCAUUGUUUUCCUUCUUGCAAAUGUCUGCCAAUCAUUGCUGGCAAAGGAGAGGCUAUGUCUUGGAUCAAUUUGGAAUAUUACCUUUGCCAUUCUGGUCGCCAAAUGUUUGCAAUACAAGCCUGUGAAGAAAGAGUCAGUAGUGAUAAUGCCAGCUUUCGGUGUUCAACUAGAGAUUCAUUUUUGGAGCGGAAGAGUUGAUCGUCAUUUUGUGCCCAUUGGCAAGAUUCUGAAGCCAUUGCUGAAUGAGUGUGUCACACCGGUGACAUGUUACUGGAGCUUGGCGCUGCUUUUGCGUGAUGAAGAGGAACUCCUGCUAGUUUUCCAGAAAUUUCGUCCUCCUGUCAAAAUGUUGGUUCCAAUAUGGAAAGCUCUCUGCACAUUGACAAACACUGACCGCCCGAGCCCCUCUUCACCUCUUGAGUUUAUAAAACGAACUGUUCCGAAACAUGAGUGAUCUGGUGCUGUAGUAUGGAUGUAUGUAUUUUCCAGAAAGUAGCUGCAGCUGAGCUAGGCUAGUUUCAAGUUAUUGGAACUAUCUGUUUUUUUAGCGCAAUUAUAGGAACUAUCUGUUAGCGUGUAGACUUGUGUCGUUAAUGCUAAGGGCACUGAUUUUGGAAGGAAAUACCUGGAGAUUUCAUCUAGAAGUGUGCACCACUCAACACUGACAAUUCAUGAUUUCAUAGUCCUGACUCAUGAAUUCCUAAUACACUCAACACGAGCCAUUCACUUUCAUGCUGUAAUUUAGGGUGUACUUGUAUCUGACUGUGAUGCCAAAGAUAAUCCAUUCAAAUGAGCCUUGCCAUGUUCCCAUCAGUUUUGCUAUUACAUGUAUGGGAAGAUGCAAAGUUUGAUUAAACAAUCUCCUUUGUCUCCUGUGCCACAUAAAUGAGAACAACUCAAGGGUACCAUGAAAAUUGAAAUGUGCACGGACAAGCAUGUGAGGUGUCCCAUGCAGAGAUCCAAAUGCAGUCAAACACAC